AUGAACUAUCUGAGACCCGACAUCAAGAGUGGCAACAUCGAACCAGACGAAGAGGAUCUUAUCGUUAGACUCCAUACACAACUGGGAAACAGAUGGUCUCUCAUUGCCAAACAUCUGACGGGCCGAAGUGAUAAUGAAAUCAAGAACUACUGGAAUAACCAUCUCAGAAAGAAACUCAAACACCAGGAAACCGAUCACAAUGCCAACAAGAGAGUUUGUGGUGGUCUUGAAGACAAGCUUGUAAUUGGGUCUUCCAGCCAUGGAGGAGGAAAUGAACUUGGUAACGACGUUUUGGAAAUUUUACAAAGUGUUUAUACUAGGUUUUUUGAAGAUGAUGAUGAUGUUCAAGGCCUUGAUGUUCUAAACGAUCGCAAGCUGGAGAAGAUUUAUGAAGAGUUUUCAGAGCUCUUAAAAGAAGAUGAAAGCAAGUGCAGCUAG